UCCGAAAUCGGUAAAAGAGAACAGAAGCAACAAAUCUCUCCCAGCUAGGGCUUUUUUCCUUCAUUGCUCUUCAAAAACCUUCGCAACUACGAGAAUGGAUCGCGAUGCUACUGCAGAUGUCAAUGCUCCUCACUCCAUGGGGACAACAAUCAUCGGAGUUACUUACAACGGUGGCGUUAUUCUGGGCGCCGAUUCCCGGACCAGCACCGGGCUGUACGUGGCUAAUCGAGCGUCUGAUAAGAUCACACAGCUGACCGACAAUGUCUACAUCUGUCGUUCUGGAUCGGCUGCAGACUCUCAAAUUGUCUCGGAUUAUGUUAGAUAUUUUCUUCAUCAGCACACGAUUCAGCUGGGUCAACCUGCUACUGUGAAAGUUGCUGCAAACCUUGUUAGACUUUUAUCUUAUAACAACAAGAACAUGUUGCAAACGGGUAUAAUCGUUGGUGGUUGGGACAAAUAUGAAGGUGGAAAAAUAUAUGGAAUCCCACUUGGUGGAACAAUCCUUGAGCAGCCAUUUGCCAUUGGAGGAUCUGGGUCGAGCUAUUUGUACGGGUUCUUUGAUCAAGCAUGGAAGGAUAACAUGACCAAGGAAGAAGCCGAGCAACUGGUGGUUAAGGCUGUUUCACUUGCCAUUGCACGAGAUGGUGCUAGUGGUGGUGUUGUCCGCACUGUCAUUAUAAACUCGGAGGGGGUUACAAGGAACUUCUACCCUGGUGAUAAGCUUCCUUUGUGGCAUGAUGAGGUGGAGGCACAUGAUUCGUUGUUGGAUAUCUUGAAUGCUGCAAAUCCUGAGCCCAUGAGCACUUAGAAAACUUGUUUGGAAUUGCAAUUGAAUUGUUCUUAUGAUAGUAAUUACUACUUCUUCCUAAUGUACCUUUUGUACUCUUCGUUUUACAGAAUUUGGUUCUUUUGGUUUAAGGUUUUAUUACUUUGAGCUUUCA